AUGGAAAUUUUGCAUUAUAUGUUACAGUGGAUUAGUACAACUGAAUUUAAUGAUGUGGUAGUUGCCUUAUCAUCGCACUCAUUCAAAGCAGUGCGAAGCAUAUUAAACUAUUGGCGUGUUCUCUUGCAUUCCCUUACUGUAGUAUUGUGUCAGAAUUGUAUGAGUGUCGGUGAUGCUAUCCGUGAAGUUCAUAGUCGAUCUCUUAUAACAUCAGAUUUUUUAUUACUCACUACUCCAAUGACAAUGGCUGCUACGGAUCUUAGUAUGCAAGUAACUUAUUUUAAGGAAAAAAGGAAAGAUAGGAACAAUAUUAUGUUACUUGUUUAUGCUGAAUGUAAAAGUGUAUGUCCUGUGAUUGCAUACGCAAAGAAGAGUGGAAAACUUAUGCUUUAUCAUCAGAAAGAUGAUACUUCAGAGCUUGAUAUUAAUAAGAAUGUUUUCGAAGUUGAUUCUGUCGUAUGCAAAAAUCUUCGUGAUACUGGUAUAGCGUUUUGUUCGGUAAAUGUAUUAACUCAAUUCAAUGAUAAUUUUGACUAUCAAUAUAAGGACGACAUUAUCCGAGAAAUUUUAGUUAAUGAAGAUAUUCUUGGUUUGAAUAUUUGUGUCACUGUCCUUCCAAAGCUAAUUUCGGCCUACUGUACUUAUGACUAUGCAGAUCUGUUAUAUAUGAAUAAGCUUCUUUUACAACAUUUCUUUUCGCCUAUCGGGCCUUAUAACGUAUCGAAUUCGGCUUACAGUUGUGGGAGAAAUAAUAUUUAUUUAUCAUCUGAUGGUUUAAAUCAGAAUUGCUCUACAAAAAGGGGUCUUCCGUUAAUGCUUGCUGGAACUAAUGUUUUGUUGGGGAAGAAAUGUUUUAUUGGUUCAAAUGUAUUUCUAAAAAAUGUCUCGAUUGGCUUCAACACCUCUAUUGGCGACGGUUGUAAAAUUGAGAACUGUAUCAUUGGUAGAAAUGUUUCAAUUGGAACGAAUAGUCGUUUAUUUGAAUGCUUUCUUGGAGAUGAUGUUGUGAUUGGCAAUAGUGUCACUCUUCAUCCUCGUUGUAUUUUAUCAUCCAAAGUUAAAAUACCAGAUGGUAGAGAGUUGGCUAUGGAAAGCGUUAUAAGUAGUUAUUGUUGUGGAGAUGACGAUGAACAAUUUAAGUGCUUUCCUUCUGAAUUUGGGUAUGAAUGGAGAAUGGUGAAUGGUGGUAGUUUUUGGAGUGCUACGAAAGUAAAUUCGCUAGUACGUGAAACAUCGGUAACCUCUAAAGAUUCAAAUUAUAUUGUCCUGGGGGUUGUUGCAGAAUUCAAUGAUUCUAAAGAAGUAGAAGUCACUGAGGAAGAAGAAAUGGAGAACAGUGAUCGAUUUUAUGUAGAAGUGAGAGAAAGUAUGGAAAGAAUAGCCGAGCAAAAACACUGCAGUGAUCAACUUGUAAAAAAUCUAAUUUUGGAAAUCAACAGCUCUAAGCUUGCUUAUAACAUAUCAAUGGAAGAUGUUGCACGCAAAGUUUUUCUAUCGUUUCUUUCAUUAUCGAGCACAUUUGCUGAGUUAAAGAGGCUCGCUCAGGUUUGGCAUCUACUAUUUAGCAACUACUACAAACCCAGAAGAAAUCAAAUUCAAGCAUUAGUUGCAAUUGAGGAAUAUCUUGCAUAUGAUUCGAAAUUUCAGUCAGUGACGGCAAAAAUAAUACACUUCUUCUAUGAUCAAAAUGUUUUUGAAGAAGAUGCAAUUUUAGAAUGGUAUGGUACUGUUCAUGAUAACGCACUUAUUAAAGCUCUUGUACGUCCCAUUAUUGAGUGGUUGGAAAAUGCAAGUGAAGAAUCAGACGAUUAA